AGCCAAGACAAGGAUGCUGGGGAUAAGAACUCAACGACAGUGGACCCAAUUAAGAAGGAACUGCUGAGGUGGCUAAAAUUUUGGGAACACUUAAACUGAGGUAACUUCGUUCAGGAAACGGGCAUAGAAGAAGACACAGAAACGGAAACAUUGUCAACUCUGAAAAAAGAAGAAAAAAAGGAAGCACUUCAGGCUUCAGCACUUGAAUCAAAUUGUUAAGGGGAGGCAGAGAGAGAAAGAGAGAUCUGAAAAAAAGAAAUAAAAAAUGGAUUUUUUUGAAAUUUGAACAAAAUGGGUUCAAGAGAGAGAGAGUGUGUGUGAAAUGGAUAGGAGAGAAAAAAGUUUAGAGGGAGGGGACAAAAGGGGUUGUGGAUUAAUGGUGGAAAAGUUGAGGGAAGGGGUUUCGGUGGGGAAAAAGGGAGGGCCUAGUACUCCACCACCCACAUGGAGACUUGAGCAAAAUGGUGGUGAUAAGGUUCAAGAGUUUCUUAACUUUUCCACUUCAACUCUUUCUGCUAGAAAGCUCUGUGCCAACCUCUGGGAAGUUCUGCCCCACCACCAACAGCAACAACAACACACCCCACUUGUCAAAAUGAACAAGCUUGGCACCACCCUCCGCCGCCGCCGGAGCCACCGUAACCGCCGCCGCCGGAGCCAACACCCUAUGGACACUGGCUCUGAAGUGAACAACAACAGCCAAUUAGCUGAGCCUCCAGGCACCCCUUCUGAUUCUGAUCAGCUGGCAUCAUCUGCUAGUAGCUCGAGGAGGCAUGUUGCAGCAUCACCUGUUCAGCACCGUGGAUCAGUGGAAAGAAAUGGCUGUGCUCUACAGCCUGUAUCCCCUGCCUGCUACAGUAGCUCAGAGGAAGUGACUUCAUAUAAAUGUACAGUAACCCCCACAAGUUCCGUAGACUUCAAAGGUAGAAUUGGAGAGUCAAGUUACAAUCUUAAAACGUCCAAAGAAUUACUUAAGGUACUCAACCGUAUUUGGAACCUUGAAGAACAGCAGGCAUCAAAUAUAUCAGUAGUGAAAACCUUAAAAAUGGAACUAGAUCGCUCUCGGGCACAGAUAAAGGAGUUACUACGAGAGAAGCAAAUGAAUAGGCAUGAAGUAGAGAACUUGAUAAAGGAAAUUACAGUUGACAAACUUAUUAGGAAGAACAAAGAACAUGGUAGAAUUAAAGCUGCAGUUCAAUCAAUCAGGGAAGAGCUAGAAGAUGAGAGGAGGCUACGUCAGCAUUCAGAAAGCCUCCAUCGGAAGCUGGCUAGGGAGCUUUCUGAAGUGAAGUCUUCCUUCUCUGGUUGUUUGAGAAAUCUUGAAAGAGAGAGAAAAGCACGAAUCCUCUUGGAGAAUUUGUGUGAUGAGUUUGCCAAAGGAAUAAGAGACUAUGAACAAGAGGUACAUUCUCUUAGGCGGAGUUCUGAGAAGGGUCAGGGUCAGGUUAAAGGGAAUGAUAGCCUUGAUAGGCUAAUACUUCACAUUUCAGAAGCUUGGCUUGAUGAGCGCAUGCAGAUGAAGCUAGCUCAAUCUGACGGUGGUCUCAUAGAGAGAAAUUCAAUUGUUGACAAGUUAGGUUUUGAUAUUGAAACAUUUCUUCAUGCCAAACGAUCAGUUGAUUUGAAAAAAUAUGGAUACUCCUCCCCAAAGGAGCUCAAGGAAAUUCACCCUUGUCAGCAGUCAUUGGAUUCCUUCCCACUAAAAGAGGCUGGAAGUGCACCUCAAAAUAUGGCUCAGGAAGAUUCCAUUGACACCAACUUUUUUGAGCCAAAAAUGGCUAAUGGUGAAGGACUCCAAAAUAUCAGCUCCAGACUGCAAGCAAACAUGAGCAGGAACAUAUCAUAUGAUGAUAAUGAGAGGUUUUUUGCUGAUAGGAAAUCGAGCGAAAUGGGAGAAGACAACACAGCUCUACUAAAUGAAGAGACCAGACAUGAUCCACAAGAGAGUGAUAUACCCUGGAUCCUGAGAAUGAGCUCAAGUCACAGGCCAGAUAUCCUGGUUGCAAACAGUUCGAUGUCAUCAGAAGGUGAUAAAGUUUAUCCCGAGAGUAUUUGCAAGGAAGAUUCUUGUGUUAAGUCUGCAGUUACAGCUAAUGGUAGUCCUGCAAGACUGUGGAAAUCAAAGUUGUCUGCUUCGGAUUUUGACAAAUCUGAGUCUUCUACCAAAUUGCCCAAGGGAGUAAAGGAAAACACACUGAUGGCAAAACUCCUUGAAGCGAGAUUAGAGGCACAGAAAUCUCGCUCUAGAGCCAGUAAAAGCACUUCUGGAUCAACUAGAGAAGCUUAUAAUGAGAAUAUGGAAUAGUACUGUAGGAUCUUUCAUCAAAUUCUAGUAACCAUUUUGUACACAUGAAUCUUUUAGCUAUUUACAUGGUUGGAUGGAAAUCAGAGUUGUAUCCAUUAUGUAAAAGAUGUUUGAAGUCACUAGUGAUCUGGGGUAUGUAGAAUUGACCUUAUUUUCCAAAAAUCCACUAGCUAUAUAGCCCGGAAUCAUGACAUUGAAUCACAAUCCCAUGUGUAGAAAAUCUGAGAUCAUAAAUUUUUGUGACCUUUUCGACGACAUAACCAUCUUAAAAUGUGACCUUUUC